ACCAUUCUCUUCCCCAGUCAGCCUCUCUUUUCCAGUUUUCUCUUACAAACCCUCACUCUCUCUUCUCCCACACACACACACUCAAAAUUUACAAUAUUUUUUUGUUAUACAUAUAUAUAUACAAAGAGAGAAAAAUAGUGAGGGAAAGAGAAACUUAUGGAUUCAGAUCAAGGAAAGCUGUUUAUUGGUGGGAUAUCAUGGGAAACAUCAGAGGAAAAGCUUAAGGAGUAUUUUCAAGGGUAUGGUGAUGUUUUACAAACUGUAGUAAUGAGAGAUAAGAUUACUGGGAAGCCUAGAGGUUUUGGGUUUGUUGUAUUUGCAGAUCCUAAUAUUCUUGAUAGGGUUCUUCAAGACACUCAUGUAAUUGAUGGCCGCACGGUUGAGGCAAAGAGGGCCUUGUCCAGAGAGGAACAACAACAGGGUUCAAAAUCUGGAAACAUGAGUAGUGGUAGAAGUUUUGGAGGCGGUGGAAAUAACAGGACGAAGAAAAUAUUUGUUGGGGGAUUACCUCCUACUCUUACCGAGGAUGGCUUCAGAACUUACUUUGAAACUUACGGUAAUAUCACUGAUGUAGCAAUUAUGUAUGAUCAACAGACCAACCGACCUCGUGGGUUUGGCUUCAUUUCAUUCGAUUCUGAAGACGCAGUAGAUAGGGUUUUACACAAGACAUAUCAUGAUCUCAGUGGGAAACAAGUCGAAGUAAAACGUGCUCUUCCUAAAGAUUCUAAUUCUGGUUUUGGUGGUCGUUCUAUGGGUGACAAUCCGAGUUCUUAUGAUAGAAUGGAUACCAACAGAUACAUGCAGUCACAAAACACUGGAGGUGGUGGGUACCCACCUUAUGGUUCCUCUGGAUUUGGUGGGGCCCAUCCAGGUUACGGUUAUGGAUCAUCCAAUAAUGGCAUGGGUGGUUAUGGUGGUUAUGGAAGUUAUGGUGGAGCCAUCAAUCCUGGAUAUGGCGGUCCUGCAGUUGCUGCCUUCGGAAAUCCAAAUGUGCCAGCCGGCGGACCAAGAAGCUCGUGGGGCUCUCAGGGUCCUUCUGGAUAUGGGAAUAUGGGCUACGGUGGAGGUGGGCCCGCUAAUGGAGGAUCUUCUGCUGGUCAGACUCCAACUGGAGCCACGGGAUACGGAAAUCAAGGUUAUGGUUAUGGGGGCUAUGGUGGAAGUGAUAGUGCUUAUGGAGGUGGUGCAUCGGGAGACAUGCAAUCAGGUGCUGGGGGUUACAUGGGCGGUGGCUAUGGCGAUGCUAGUGGAAAUUCUGGCUAUGGAAAUUCGACAUUGAGGUCCGACACCUCACAAGGUUCUGUUAAUUAUGGUGCUCAAGUUGGAUAUGGUGGUGGUUAUGGUGGUGCUCCAACUCGGCAAGCUCAACAGCACUGAUCAUAAUGCUUGACAGUUAACUCUUGCAAGCAUUACGUGUUAAAUGGGAUUGGUUGGAUUGCUUGAAUUUUAGUAGUUUGCAGUUCUUAUUUUCUAGUUUACAAUAAGUAAUUGUCAGUAGUAUUGCCUGUUUCGUAAUAUUUUCUGUUAACUGUAGUUUUAAUUUGGCUUGCUUAUGGUUAUUUUGCUAGCUUCUAAUGCA